AUGCGUUGUACCAUGGCAGCCUGCCCCCUAUCCUGCCUCCUCCUCUCCUUCCUCCUGACGAGGUCCAGCCUGGCCCAGGACCUCACUGGCUCCAACACCAUUGACACGGACACCAUCCAAACUCAGACAGCCAAUCAAACAGCUCCGAUGACCCCCACCACAGCGGAGCCCGUCACCAUGCUAGUAACCACAGAGUUCGGUGGCGUGUCGACGCCUAGUGGUGACAUUGCGGAUGAUGAGGACGUCAUCCCGACCAAAGGCACCCUUUGCCAAGGUUACUACGACGUGAUGGGCCAGUGGGACCCACCUUUCAACUGCAACAUGGGCGUUUUCCUGUACUGCUGCGGCACCUGCUUCUACCGCUUCUGCUGCCAGUUCAGAGGGCAGCGCCUCGACCAGAGCAUCUGUUCAAACUAUGACACGCCCAUCUGGGCCAACACGGGCAAGCCCAUCACCACGGUGACCGAGGACCACAGUGACCAGGAGAGGGAUCGAACCCACAUGAUCGUCUAUAUCAUCUGUGGGGGGGUGGCCAUCAUGGUGCUGAUGGGCAUCUUCACCAAGCUGGGCCUGGAGAAGAUCAGGGGAUCAGCAGGGGCACAGAACGACGUCAGCAACACCAGGGAAUAUGACCUGUUCCAGAAGUUGAGAUGGAGAGAGAGAGAGCGAGGAGAAGAAAGGCACAAAGGAAGAGAAACAAAGAGAGGGAGGAGAUCACAAUAUGACCAGAGGACCAUAACAGAGCUUAUGAAGCAACCCGGAGGAGAGGUGGGCUCAGUGGAAAGUACAAUCACCAACCCCCCUAUCGGAACCAACGGCAUCUCAGCUAGGAUGCUACGCAGCCGCAGCGAGCACUACCACCUGAACAAUUCAGCCUUCUAUCCAGGAAUGUCUCACCCCCACAGCAACCUCAGUGGACUGGGCCUCAACAAGUACACCUCCCUCAGGGCUGUGGCGGACACUGCCUCUGGGGGUUACUAUAAGAGCUACCCUUUGAUGGACUUCUCCCAGUACCAGGCAGGACCUUCAGCCUUCCAGCCCAUCACUCUGCACCCCAAAGACAAGUCCUACUUACACCAAGACCACCACCAGCUCCCCUCCCAGCACAACCUCCAUGCCCCCCUCUCCAUCUCCAUCCCCCAGAGCCACCUGGAGAGGUCCUGUUUGCCCAAGACCAUCAGCCACCCCCUGUUCUCCAGCUCAGCCUUCAAAGUCUGGGACACCAGUGGAUGCCACAUCCAGAGGCAGACCUCACACCCUGGGCACAUCUCGGCCCACCGGCAUGCCCACUCCACCAGGAGACAGCACAGUGUAGAGAAUUUCCCGGAGCUGUUCAACCACCCUGUGCCGUACAGCUACCCAUCCUCCUUCCACCACACCAGGCAUAAGAGCUACUCCACCAACAGCAAGACGGAGGUCACUGUCUGA